UAGGUUUACAGCAGCGCAGACUGUCUCUACCAUUAGCUGAACAUUUAGAAGCUUAUCUACGCACAUAAAGCUGGGAGGAGGUGGCUGGCUUAUGGUGACAAAAUAUUUAUUGUGGUAAAAAAAAGAAACUGAAGCAUGCGCUCGUGGUUCGAAAAGGAGCGUUGAUGAAAGAGGCCGCGUUUUGCCCCAGGCUUACGCAUUUUGGGAGCGCUCCAAAUUUUAACUUCGCGGAGGACCCUAGGUGUUUUUCUUUCUUUCUUUUUGAGUUUAGAUGAGAAUUAUUUCGGUAGCAUUUCACACUAGCGUCAACUUUUUCACCUCACACAGCAGGCGUUAUUCCUGAAGUUUCCGUCUCAACCUUUGCGGAGUGGAUUAGUUUACCUGUUGCUUUUGGACAACUACAGGUUGUCAGACAGACAAGAGGCAAGAUGGAUGAAGCGGAGAAGUAUCAGCAGCGUCUCCAGGCCAUUGCGGAGAAACGGCGUCUUGCGGAGGAGCAGGAGCGAGUGAAGAGGGAGAUGGAGGACGAGAGGAUCCGUCUGCAACAGCUCAAGAGGAAGUCUCUGAGAGACCAGUGGUUGAUGGAGGGUCCCCCGAUGUCCCCCACCUCUCCCACCACCCCCACGUCCCCUGACAGCUCUGGAGGCCCCCGCUCCCCUCUAUGGGGCGCCCAGGCCCGCGAGAUUGAGCGCAACAUCGACAGUUUGCAGGCAGAGGCUGAACGGUUGACGGAAGAGGCAGAGAAGAUAACAGAGGACGGCGAGCCCCUGUCACCUGUGAAGGACGGAGUGACACUGAGCAACAACGAGGGUGUCCAUAUCCUGGGGGACAGCCGGACAGAGCCUACUGCGAAGGAGGCAGUUUUGCAGAAUGGACAAGGGAAUGGAACAACGGACGUGGAGGAUUCAGCGCCCUCUCACCUCCCUCAGGUUUCCGAGGUGACGGCGGUGAUGGCUGUUGCAGCCGCUGUUGUUGAAGAUGAGAAGGGUCCUAACGGCGAGGUGCCGUCUGCGGACAUGCCCGCUCUCGUGGCCGACGCGGCUGUGGAAGAAGCAGUCGCCAUGGCAACCUCGACGGCACUGUCGGCGGCGAUGCCCACGACCAAUGGCCUGGCCGGCAACCAACUUGGCGAGGAGGCGGAGGGAGGAGAGGGCAGCGGUGGUGGUGGUGGUGGUGACGGUGCCGUCACCCUGAGGUUCCUGGGCCUGAGCGAGGCUGGGCAGGGGGUGGCGGGUCUGGACGUGGACAUGGAUGACGACGGAGGUGCCAUCAUGCGGGCCGAGAGGGUGAUCAUUAUGGAGGAGACGGGAGACGAGGACGAAGACGAGGAGGAGGAGGAGGGAGGAGGAGAGGGGGUCAUCAUCAAAGGCCAGGCCGAGCAGCAGCAGCAGCAGCCCGUCUCUGAAUCAGCCCCGUCGUCCGUGGAGACCCCUGCUGAUGCUUCUGCCUCAGAGAGCCAGGAGUCUAGAGAGCCGGCGCUGCAGGCAGGGGCAGAGGCCUCCACAGAGACUGAGAAGGGCACAGAGAAGGCCACGGAGGCUAGAGAAGAGGUGGCCACCAAGCAGGCAGGAGAAGUCUCUGAGCAGAGAGCAGCGGCUGCAGAGCCGACCGAGCAGCAAAAAGCAGAGGGCACGGCAACAGAAGAGAAGAAGGAAGGCGUGGAGGAGGAGAAAGGGGAGGAGGUGGUUCGGGAGGUGCCUGGUGCUGGAGCAGAAGCAGCUCCAGUCUCUGCAGAGACACCAGCAGCAGUAACAGCUGAGUCCUCUGAGGCACAGCCCCAGCCUGAACUCCCAGAUGGGGCUGCUGCGGUACCCUCCGAGGUGCCCGUGUACUCCCCCGCUGUACAGCCCACCCCCACAGCAGCACCCUCUACUGGGGCCGAGAGCCAACCGCCGGCAGAGGGCAGCGAAUCAAAGACGGGGGAGGAGAAAGAGGAGGGAGGAAGCGCAGCGGCUGCUGCUCCCGCCCCCGAUGUUUCCCCCACUCCUGCUCCAGCAACCGCCUCCGCCUCUGUCUCCGUCCCUCCUUCCUCGGGCGGCCCGGGGGUCGUGAAGCCCAGCUCCCCCAGUGGCUUCCAGGACGUGCCCUUGGACGACCAAGCCAUCAACCCGUGCCCCAAGCCCCCACGCCUGGCCGAUAGACAGGCCGAGCAGGAACCCUUGCUGACGUACAAGGCAGCCGCCCCCACAGAGGCAUCCUCUUCUCUUCCACGUCGGGCCGACGCCGGUGUUGGGCCCGAAGCGCCCAAACAGAAGAGCUGCGAGUGUUGUACCAUCAUGUGAACAUAUGCUGUACUACAGUGUCCCACACACUCACUCAUUCGUCUGAUGCUCAUCAUCACCUGUCUACGGGGCUCUAAAUGAACACCAGCCAACCGGCCGAAUGCUGGUGAAAUGUCCGUUUUUUUUCUGGUAGAAAAAGCAACUUACUUGCCACGCUGACCCAUAACUGAGUCUGUUUUUGGCUUGUAAGAUGAAGUUCUACAAACCAUUUUAGCUAGUGAUGAAAAAAUUAUAAUUUGGAGCCCUGUCUGUCACUAUACAUUUACUACUCUUUAGUUAGUCAAGGCCCCUCCCUCACCUCCCAUAUUCACCCCUCUCCACCACCAUCCCAAAGUCACCCCUCUCUAGUCUAAACCUGCCCCUACCAAACCAAACCCACCUACCCACCCGUGUUUCUCUUCUGCCUCAUCGAGACUGCUAUUCAAAUGCCUUUCCUAAAUCCUGCUCCCACUCUUUGCCUCGAGGAGGUGAGAGUGGGGAUAGAUACAUGAGAAGACAAUAGUUGGCGGGGGGGUGCUUUCAUUGUCUCUGCCCUUGUCACUGUCCCCUGACUUUGUCCCCCAGAGCGAAUUCCCCAUAUCCUUUGUUAUCAACCCUCUGAGAGAGAUAGAGAGUGAGAGAGAGAGAGAGAGAGAGAGAGAGAGAGAGAGAGAGAGAGCAUGAAAAGCAGUCCUUGAUCUCAGUCAGUGUCUCUGUCUAGACUGUCAGACUGACCAGACUGACCGCUCUCUUGACUAUCUCGCUGGCGUCAGCCAUAGACACUAGUGUGUGUGUAUACUGUUGAAAGUGACUCACUUUGUCCCAGACAGACUACAGAUAUUUCCUUUUUCUCUCUGUCUUUCUUUCGUUCGUAAAAGUGAUAUGAUAUUAUAUUGGAUGCUGAGGAGUCUAGAGGAUAUUCUGUCUCCAAGGCCACAUACGAUGUGUCACUGUGCUGUGCCUCAAGAUUGGGGCCAUCAUGGUCACAUGGUGAAGUGAGGUGAACUUGAUUCGGGGUUGAGACAGUGAUUUUCCACAAAGACAACAGAAGGCAAAACAGCUAGAGUACAUCUGCUGUCAGAGUGACCUUUUCUUUUUUCUCUUUCGUAAAAUACUGAUAUGAUAUCAUAUUGGACGCUGAGGUGCAGACGAUGCAGACACUGUUUCCUGUGAAACGAGACAGAUUCUUCCACAAAGAUAGCAUAAUGUAGGUCUUGACAGGAGGGAAUUGUGGCAACAGCAACAGUUUCCUGUGAACUUCAUCAGCGCUCCCUCUUAAAAGUGACAUGAGACUGUAUUGGUUGUGAAUAGGUCUCCAGCGCCCUCAUUGUGCCUUUGAUCAGGGGCCUUGGUGGUCACAUGAUGAAUGGGUGUAAAACGUGUACACAGUGAUGGUGAAAGACACAUUAUCGCAUUAUGAGAUGGGGAAAGACACAUUAUCGCAUUGUGAGAUGGGGGCAAACAUGGGCAAGAAGAUUGGAGAUGGAGAAAGACACUGAUUUAUUUCUGUUCAAAGAUAACACAAUGAUGUCUUCACAAGAGGCAUGGUUAGCAGUAGCACAGUGGCACCACCAGCAGCAGAGUUACGUGAACUUCAUUAGAGCCUUCUUCAUAAAAGUGAUGUGAGACUAGUUUAUUGGAUGUUUAGGUCUCCAGGGCCUUGGUCACCUUAUGAACUGGGGUGGACAUGGACACAUGAGAGAGAGAGAGAUUUUCCACAAAGACCAGUGGCAGCAGCAGGAGCAGCAGCAGACGUCUGUGAACCAACCUAAUAAGACUUUCCUCAUAAAAGUGAUAUGAUUCUGUAUUGGUUGUUUUAGGUCUCCGGGGCCUUCGCUGUGUGUUUGAUCAGGGCCUUGGUCACAUUAUGAUCUGGGCUGAACGUGGACACAGAGAUGACGAAAGAGACUGAGAUAUUUUCCACAAAGAUUACACAAGUCUGGGGUGAAUUUCUCGAAAGUGUAGUUGCUAAGUAGCUACUUACGUACUUUGUUGGUUGCAAUGCAAUUUCCCAUUGGCAACUACCCAAGUUGCUUACGGCUAACAAACUACACUUUCGAGAAAUGCACCCCUGCAUCGGAGGCAUGUUAGCAGCACCAACAGCAUUCAAUGAACUUGAGAACUACUUUGAGUGCAGUGCAGUUAAUGACUGAUUAUGCUCUGCUGUGCCCUCACGAGCACACUCACCCCUCACACUCUUGAUGUCCUCUGAGAGGUCCUUCGUUGCCAGUAGACCUCAUUUAAAAAAAGACUGUCUUUAAAAAGUAAGUUUGCCCUUAGGUAUGUCCUUUAUUAUCCCACAAUGGGAAAAUUCAAUGUGUAGCAUCACACAUGCAAUGUCUACAAAAUAGACAACAUGCAUACAAACGAGCAGGGGUGCCAACAGAAGGGGACAAAGGGGACAGUUGUCCUGGGGCCCAGGGAGAGGGGGCCCCAGAAUUGGGUCCUCAUUACAUUGUAUCUAUUGGGCUGGGGGGGUGCUUUCACAUGACUUUGCCCUGGUACCGGCCAAAGCUGUCGGUGCCCCUGCAAACAAGGGACCAGAGAGUAGACGGGGGAGAUAAAAUGAUUCUACCUCUUGUUCAGAGAGGCUUAAAGUGACGAGGGCGGGGCGGUGUCUGUGCUUACAGUAUUCUGGCAUGGCGUUACAUCACACUGUGAAGAGAGAGGGAAAGAUAGAGAGACCAAGAGACACAGAGAGAGAGAUUUCUCACUCACACACACACACACACACACACACACACACACACACACACACACACACACACACACACACACACACACACACACACACACACACACACACACACUGUCAUUCUCUCGCUCUAGAAACCUUUUUUUACCCCCCUCUCCUCUCUACUCUCAUCCCAAAUGCAGUAAGCCCCCUGUGGGCUUGCAGACUUUUUCAACAUCAUCAUGGAGAAAGGGCUUAGUUGAGGUCGUGAAACUGGAUUAUGUAGUGACACUACGUACACACAAGUCCUCCUUGGACACCAAGCUUUUUUGUUUUAUUGAGAACAUUUUUUAAUUUUCUGUUUAAUCGUGAUUUGUUUUUUUUUUUAUUCAACAGUGGAUGACCUUGUUUUAAUGAUGUUUGUCAAAAGAUUGCUUUGAAUUGCACCAAGGAGUUUUUAAAAGCUACAUGACAAAAAAAAGGACACGUGUUUUUUUUUGCUGUGAACUUUUAUCAUUCAACCUCGUUUUUUUGAUUGGUUGAUUUUUGUGGAUUUGUUUUCGCAUUAGGAUGAGAGGAAAAUACGGUGUGCAAAUGUUACAUGGUGUCAAUCUGAUUAUUGCUUGACGAGCGUUGUGCAAGUGUGUCUGUGUGUGUGUGUUAAGAAAUAUUCUGAUUGUAUAUUUUUACACAUUGACCCCUUUAUCCACUUGUACAAAUUGUAAAAUGUCAUUGUUUAUUUUGAUGCAACAAAUAUGAUAAAAAAAUGUCUCUGGAAUUAGCAUCAAACUCUUCAUUGGAAAUUUAAUUGAUUGUAAAAUCUAAGGUCAAAAUAUAUUUUUGUGCUUCAUUCAGAA